GAAAAAAGAGAAAAGAAAAAGAAUAAUUAAAAAAAGAAAGAAAAAGAAAGAAGAAUUCCAACCCUAAAGCCUAGAGCUGAUUUAAGCUGACAAACCCAAAAAAAAAAAAAAAAAAACCGAAUAGAAACGGAGUCCAACCUCCUAAAGGAAAACUCAUAUAAAUAGGGCCACCUCACUGUUCGUCGUUUCCAAUGUCGCAUGCUAUUCUUUAGAAACUGCAGUAAAACUCUGUGCUUCGGUGUGAUAGUGGUGGCAGGUCGAGGGAGAAGAAGACUUUUGUCUUCUCGCCUUUCAAGCCUCUAUCAUGGUAAAUAAUUCUGAUCCCUCUUCCUUUUUAAAAGUUUGUUUUUUGUUUGUUUAUCGUGAAUUCUGAAACGUUUUUGUUUUCUACUGUCCGUUCUUUUUCUCGAUGUUGUUAAACUGUUGCAUAGAGAAAUCCCCAAUUGAUUCGGGUUUAUUUUAACUAUUCUUAUUUUCUGGCUUUAAAAGAUUGAAUUGAGACCUAAAAACUGAACUGUUUGUAAAAUUGAAAAUUGAAAAUUGGGUUUGGGAAGAGCUCUGCUCUUUUGAUUGUCCCAUAACUUUUGUGAGAUUAGUUCGUCUGGAAAAUUGAAAAUUUGGCAUUUUGGUCCUUUAACUACUACUAUUCCAAGGAAAGGAAAAUGUGUCCUGGUUAAGCUUUCCUUUUAUUUUUUAUUUUUUUCCUUUUUGUCUUUGUUUGAAUUGGCACUUGUAAAAUCUGAAUUGAGAAUGAGAUUGACAAUUCAUUGACACCCUGAAGUACUUUGCGUUAUUGUCCGGGUACUUCAUGCACUUUUAACACUGAAUAAUUAGAGGUGUGAUAAAUUUGGUCUCCUACCUUAAUGCACUUUGUUUUAUUUGCUCUAAUCAUUUAACUAUAAGCUUAGUAUGCUAUCAUAUUGCUGAGAGUUUUAAAGAAAUUAUUGUUUUUAUAAUAGAAGGUUCCUAAUAUUGGGGCCGACGAUGGGGACACGGAGCCGUUUGUGGAAGUUGAUCCAACUGGUCGAUAUGGCCGGUACAAUGAAUUACUUGGAUCAGGCUCCGUGAAGAAGGUGUAUAGAGCAUUUGAUCAAGAAGAGGGAAUAGAAGUGGCUUGGAACCAAGUGAAAUUGCAGAAAUUUUGUGAUGAUAAAGUCAUGAUUGAGAGACUAUAUUCAGAGGUUAGGUUGCUUAGGUCUCUGAGGAAUAAAAACAUCAUAGAAUUGUACUCUGUUUGGCAAGAUAAGGAAAGGAAUAUUUUGAAUUUCAUCACUGAAGUUUGUACUUCUGGAAAUUUGAGGGAAUACAGGAAAAAGCAUAAGCAUGUCUCCAUUAAAGCAUUGAAGAAAUGGUCAAGGCAAAUUCUCAAAGGCUUGGAGUAUUUACAUAAUCAUGAUCCAUGCAUCAUUCAUAGGGAUCUAAAUUGCAGCAAUGUGUUCAUCAAUGGCAACAUUGGGCAGGUCAAGAUUGGCGAUUUGGGCUUGGCUGCUAUAGUUGGAAAGAGCCAUUGUGCCCGUACAAUGGUUGGCACUCCAGAAUUCAUGGCGCCGGAGUUGUAUGACGAAGAUUACACCGAGUUGAUUGACAUAUAUUCUUUUGGAAUGUGUGUUCUUGAGAUGGUAACUCUUGAAUUGCCCUAUAGCGAGUGUGAUAAUGUUGCAAAAAUAUACAAAAAAGUGACAAUGGGGAUUAGACCUCAAGCGAUGAACAAGGUAAAGGACCCCGACGUGAAGACUUUCAUUGAGAAGUGUCUAGCACAACCGAGAGUUCGACCUUCUGCCUCUGAUCUUCUCAAGGACCCAUUCUUUGAUGGUAUCAGCGACGAUGAUGAUGACGAAAAUGCCGAUAGUAACUGUUGUUGUGACCACCGGUAAUUGUAAAUGUUGGUUUUGUUAAAUUCAGAUACUUUGUUGAUUUUUCUUCCUUCUCUUGCUGGUGAUUUUAGAGGAGUAUGAGGAGAUUUUAGAUUUGGAUUUCUUCCGCCACAUUUUAAAUGAAUUGCUUGUUUCAUUGUAGAUUGAUUAAUCUAUUUGUUACUCAGUUUUUUCCUCAUCUUCCUUCAUUUUCUGACAUGGUCUGCCACAUUUUUAAUGAAUUGCUUGUUUCAUUGUA